AUGACUUUCAAUGGACGCACCGUCAACAAGGUGUUCAACCAGGAUUUCGUCAUUGACAAGCGGUUCAAAAUCGUCAAAGAGUUGGGCCACGGUGCGUACGGCAUUGUGUGCUCCGCCAAAUACGACGACGGCACCUCCAGCGAAGGAAGCAUGGUUGCCAUCAAGAAGAUCACCAACAUCUUCUCCAAAAAUAUUCUAUGCAAGAGAGCGCUCCGAGAGCUCAAGCUUUUGCAGUUUUUCCGGGGCCACAACAACAUCACAUGCCUCUACGACUUGGACAUCGUGCACAAUCCGAUCACUAACGACUUCAAUGACAUCUACUUGUACGAGGAGCUCAUGGAGUGUGACAUGCACCAGAUCAUCCGCUCGGGGCAGCCGCUCUCAGACCAGCAUUACCAGCUGUUCAUCUAUCAGGUCUUGUGUGGCUUGAAGUAUAUCCACAGCGCAGAUGUUCUCCACAGAGACUUGAAGCCCGGAAACUUGCUUGUGAAUGCCGACUGCGAGCUCAAAAUCUGUGAUUUUGGGUUGGCCCGUGGUUUUUCGGAGAAUGUCGAGCAAAAUUUGGGAUUCAUGACAGAGUACGUCGCAACCAGAUGGUACCGUGCUCCAGAAAUCAUGCUCUCCUUUUCAAACUAUACCAAAGCAAUUGAUAUCUGGUCCGUGGGCUGCAUUUUGGGCGAGCUCUUGGGUGGCAAGCCAUUGUUUAAGGGUAAAGACUACGUGGAUCAGUUGAAUCAAAUAAUCAUGAUUUUGGGUACUCCACCUGAGUCCACUUUGAUGAAGAUUGGCUCCACUAGAGCACUGAACUAUGUCCGCAGCUUGCCUUUCAUGAGAAAAGUUCCCUUUGACGAACUCUUCCCCAAAGCAAACCCGUUGGCCUUGGACCUCAUGGAGAGAAUGUUGGCAUUCAACCCAUACGACAGAAUAUCAGUCAAUGAGGCUUUGAACCACCCAUAUUUAUCUAUUUGGCAUGAUCCAAACGACGAACCCGAAUGUAAGGUCAAGUUUGACUUCAAAACAUUUGAAACAGUGAACGAUUUGGACUCCAUGAAACAAUUGAUAGUAGAUGAGGUCAAAAACUUCCGCGAGUUUGUCAGAAAGCCAGUUCAGGAACAACAAAAACAGCAGCAGCAGCAACAACUACUACAACAACAACGCCAGGAACAAGAGUUUCUUCUAGAGCAACAACAACAGCAAUUGAGAAAUUCUGCUGUGACUGACAGAUACGAACAUCCUCGCUCCAGAGGACUUGCAUCACCGCUGGCUGAGGCUCCAUCAGGAUCACUUUCUUCUCCCUUUGGUGGAUUCAACAGCGCCGGUGUUCUCACCAAUCCUGACAGCCUUGUGUUUGGAGAUCAAAUCCUGGACUAUGAUUCGAUGCCAAAACCUCAGGAACUUGACGAGUUUGCUGUGUUGAGCAAGGACCAGGAUCCGGAGCUCUUCCAGCUUGAAGAGGAACUCGGAUUUGGAUUGGACAGGACGCAGAACCAAUUCUAG